AUGGACAUUAUCAUUAUUGGAGCAGGAAUUGCUGGUCUUUCCACAGCCUUAUCACUGCAUCAGAAAUGUGAUCGGUGGACCAUCACGGUCCUGGAAAGGCAUGACACCCUACAAGCUCUUGGCUCUGUCAUUGGGAUCAUGCCUUCUGGGACCAAAGUGUUGCGACACUUGGGACUCCUCGACGAUGUCUGGCGUGUUUGCGGCGACAGAAAACCUGUGGUGAACUGGAGGCGGUGGAAAGAUGGGAGCGUGCUUAUGACUCAAACUCCGCCAGAAAGGGAGGAGAUGUUCGGCAUUAGGGCAGCUACUGGAAAGCGAGCAGACUUUCAGAAGCUUCUCUACGACGCGGCUGUUAAACGAGGCAUCGCAGUCCGAUUCAACCAAUAUGUUGCAGACGUGGAUGAGACCGUACCCACAGUAACACUGAAAACUGGAGAGGUCAUAACAGCAGACCUGAUCAUAGCAGCGGACGGCAUCAAUUCUGCAACACGCCGAACACUCGACCCAGUUUCAUUCCAGACAUUCAGCGGGAUUGACGAUUACAUGACAUCCAUACCAUGCUCUGUCCUUGAAGCGGACCCAGCGCUGCAGCCACUACUCACAUCCGCAAACCUCUGGUGGGGCCCUACCGGCUGCGUGAUAGCUGGGAUAGCGGGCGUAGGCUCCGAAGAACGAUACUAUGCUGAGUUCUGCAACAUUAACGGCAACACCGGUGUACAAGGCCAAUGGUCGCAAGAAGCUGAUAUAGCUGAACUGCGGACAGCAUUUGCAGACUGGGACCCGACGCUUCAAGCGCUGCUCGGGCACGUGGAGAGCGCGAAGAUCUGGCAUCUCGCUUACACGCAGAUGGGGUUGGAUUGGGUGAGUCAGAGUGGGAAAGUGGUAUUGAUCGGGGAUGCGGCUCAUGCGAUGCUCCCACACGCUAUGGCGGGAGCAACAACAGCGAUCGAAGAUGGCGCCUCGCUCGCUGAAUGUCUGUCCCGUGCGACGUCAGUUGCCCAAAUCCCACGAUCCCUUCGUGCCUUCGCCGCAAUACGUCGGCCACGCCUUGCAUACAUCCAAAGUGAAGGACGAAACCGGUCCAAAAUGUUCCAUCUCCCUGAUGGACCCGCUCAACAGGCCCGUGAUGAGAUGUUCAAGAAGAAUCCCAUGAUGGGAGCUCCAGCCUGGGACGGCAAACAUAUUGAUGAACCACCAAGCGCGAAGCAAAGACAUCUAGGCAUGCCAUAUGUGGUUGGCCAUGAGGCUAUUGACUAUACGAAUAGGCGAUUAGAUGACAUCUGGGACAAGGGCGAGGAGGCGCUGGAGUUGAAGGAGAGGUGGUGGGAUUUUAGUGGUGGCGACCCGGAACUGGUGAGCGGUUGA